AUGACCACCCCCGGUUCUUCCGCUGCUGCCCUUAAAUUGGAGAUAGAACGCCUCAAGGGUGCUAUCAACCAACACAAGACUGGUGCCGCCUCCGUUCGCCCACCAGUUCCAGCCACCUCUGCCCGUCCUCGCGCCAAUGUAUACGUGAAUCCGAACUACAAACCGCCGUUGCAAACGUCUUACCCGCAACCUGCUGCAAAUUCUGCCCCGCGUCCGGUUCCGCGCCCAGCUCCUCGCUCAGUACCUUCCUCAACGCAAGAUAAACGUGAUGUAGUUAUCGAUGGUAUCGCCUUUGAAUCAUCUGGGCGUUCUUUAGUGCGCAAAGACUUACCUAAACCUGUAGUAACCUUCAAGCCACCAUCGACAAGCUCGGCACCCAGUACCACCGUGCCUCCCAAGCGUUAUCACGGAUUUGUUAGAAAUAAAGCAGGCACACUUAUGAACUCCGCACGGCCAUACAAGCCUAAAUCAUCAAUACGAGGCCGACCCAUGAACCGCAACAUGACUCUCGACAAUACACGAAGACCGUACCAAUCCCGCCGUAUGGCCCCCAAGCGCAAAUACUCCGAUAAGCCUUGUCCACGUUUCACUACCACAGGCUCCUGCAACCGCGGCCUCACCUGCAUGUACCAGCACGACCCGUCCAAGAUCGCGAUUUGCUGGCCGUUCCUCCAGGGCUCGUGCACGCACACCGCAGACUCGUGUUUACUCUCGCACGACCCAACCCCGGAGCGCACGCCGCUCUGCGUGCACUUCGCCAACAACGGCCGCUGCACGCGCGCGGCGUGCCCCUUCCCGCACGUACGCGUCGGCCCGCGCGAAGGCAUCUGCCGCGACUUCGCCGUGCUCGGCUACUGCGCGAAGGGCGUGGACUGCGACCACCAGCACGUGCGCGAGUGCCCCGACUUUGCGGAGAAGGGCCAGUGCACCACCAAGGGUUGCAAGCUGCCUCAUGUCAUCCGCGCGAACCGCGUCCGCAAGCCGACGUCCUCAGGCGUUGGGCCCUCGACUGCAACAUCUUCCGCUGCCGUCGCUCUGUCCUCUUCUUCGGCUGGGUCUGACGGGACUGUUGCAAGUGAUGGUGCGUCUAGCUCUCGUCAGGUUGCAGUUGAGGAAGGACAGCUCGGAGACGAAUUCAUCUCUCUCACUUUCAAUGAGAGUGAGAGUGAUGAGAGCGACGAGGAGGAAGACGAAGACGAGGAAGAAGGCGAAGAAGAGGGUUCUGAGUCCGACGACGAUUCAGCUGACCAUGCCAGUAACGAGGACGACUAG